AGCAAAUUUCAAAAAGUCGCAAUCUUUAUCCGCUUUUUCUCCCUCACCCCCAUUCGCUUUCCUUUCCAUAUCUUUCAAAACCCCCAAUCGGAAGCCGGGCUUUGUAGCGAGUCAGCUAGCAUCGAAAACGAUGAUGGGGUGGCGGCAGCAGCAGCCGCCGGUCUCAGCUGCCGGUGUCGGCGUCGAUCAUCUGCAGACCCAGCUGGGACACGGAGGUGGAAUCCACAACAAUGCGGUGGCGGAGGCGCUGAUUGGAAGUGGGUUAGGUGUUCAAGUGAUGACUGACGAACAAAUGGAGAUGCUUCGGAAGCAAAUCUCAGUUUACGCCACGAUUUGCGAGCGGCUCGUCGCGAUGCACACCUCCUUCUCCCUCAAUCGCCCUGAAUUUUCGGGUAUGCUGCCAUAUGGCGACCCCUUGUCAUCCUGCGGCUCAUCCAGGAUUCCAUCAAGGCAAAGAUGGGCGCCAAAGCAGGCACAGCUGCAAAUCCUCGAGCGAAUCUUCGCUCAGUGCAAUGCAAAUCCAGGCAAAGAGAAGAUCAAGGAGAUCACCGCUGAGCUGUCUAAGUACGGUCAAGUUAAAGAAGCCAGUGUCUACAACUGGUUUCAGAACAGAAGGGCUCGUUGCAAAAGGAAGCACUCAUCAGCUCCAGGGGCGCCGAAAGCUGUAAACUUUGAUGUUGAAGCAGAGCUGGAUGCUGCUGCCAAGGAGAAGGAGAAUAAGCAACCAGCAGAAGAUGAGAAUGAGAACGAAAACGAGCAGCUUAUAGUCGAUCAGCUCUACUUCCACAGCCCAGAGAUUGGGAUCGACCAGUUGAUUGGCAAAUUGGAGGUGUGUGACGGGUACAAUUUAUACUGGCAGGAGCAGCAAAAUGGCUUCUCCUGAUGAUGCUUCUUAUGCAGGUAGAUCUGGUAUAGAGCUGCUGCAUUAAUAGACACUGCUUAUCAAGUUAGAAGUAGAUGAAUGAUGAUUCACAGUUGAAAUGUAAAAUAGUUGCAAAAUAUAUAUAUGGGCUAGGGAAGGAGUUUUAUGUGGUAUAGGAAGAUAUGAAGCUAAUGUUCAGGAUAGUAAAGCGUGAAUCCAUUUGGGAUUCUUCUUGGCUUGUUAGUGGAGUGAUUGUUGCGUUAUUGGAACCUUAUAUAUUCCCACUUGUUUAUGGAUUGGAUUGGAAUAUGAUUGUGAUUCGACUUCGUUUUGGAUCCAUUUGGAAAGUUUUGUAUCCGUAUUAGUAUACAAUCCAACCACAAAAUGGUCG